AUGAAGUUCAUUAUCUUCGUCAGUUGCAUCGCCCUGGCCAGUGCUGCCCCCGAGUACUACGGAGGCCACGGAUAUGCCGCCCACGGUUAUGCCGGCCACGGAAUCUCGUACGCGUACGCUCCGGCCGCUCCGGUGGUGAAGUAUGCUGCCGCACCGGCACCGGUGGUGCAGGUGGUGCACGCCGCUCCCGCCGUACACGCCGUAGCGCCGGCACCGGCCAUCGUCAAAGCGGCCGUCCCGGCGGCCACCAGUUACGCUACCAUCCACCAGGUGCACGCCCCCGUCGUUCAUGCUGCCCCGGUAGUUCACGCAGCUCCGGCCGUCGUCAAAUAUGCCGCCCCAGCACCGGUAGUUUCCUACGUGCAGGCUCCGGCUCCGGUAGUGAAAUACGCUGCAGCACCGGCGUACGUGCACGCCGCUCCCGCCCCGAUUGUUAAGUACGGUGGAUACGGAGGAUACGGAGGAUUCCACGGAUGGUAA